UAUGUUUUACUUCGCACUGUUUAUUAUCUUUUAUAUAACGUUGACAUUUAAUAACUGUGUGAACAGUUUGAUAUUGACCUCUAUAGGCAGUCUAAGCAGUGAAUGCCUGUUUUCUAUAAAUGAUCUAUAUAUGUUUAAUACUACAUUAUUUCAAAUUUCACUUAAUUGUAAACUAAUAGCUAAUUACACAUAGUUUUAUUUUUUUAUUACUGAAGAAGACUUUGUGAAGUCGAAACAUUUAGUCAUUUAAUCUUGUACUCGCACAUUGAUUAAAUUACUCUAUUAAUAACCCUUAAUAAAUUGUUCAGUUAUUGGCCUUUUUUUAUUUUUUAAUUUAACAUAUUACGAGCCAUAAAUAUUUUACUUAUUUUACGAAAAGAAAAUUGAUUUUAUGUAUGUUGCUGCGUGCAAAACAAGCUAAAAAUCCGGUUAUCCUUCUCUCGCAGAAGGGUGCGACUUGAUUUCACGACUUGACUGCUGAAAAAUGUCUGUCUACUUCCGUUGCGAAGCAGAGAGCCUCCUGGGUACACUUUCCCUGUUUUAAACAAAGUUAACGAUUGAAAAUCUCAGUCAAGCAAAAGUUUUCUAUAAAUUUAACUUGAUGUUUUUUAUUACCUGUGUCAAGUGGCCCUAUUUGUGUAUACCAAGUUUUAAAGCACCCGUCUUCAUAUCCACUUAAUUGUCGUAAAAUUGUCCCUUCUCCAAUAUAGCGUCUACCACAAUUAAUUAGCAUGAUGGAAAAAAGCAAGGUGAAACAUUUCGAUGGAUGCGCAGUCAUUCAAAAAGCUCCGACGACGCCGUGGAGAAUCGAGAUUGCUCGAGGAUCACAGCGGACACAAAGCAAGAGAACCGAAUUGAUCCCAACAGAAGUGUCACGCUCGUUGGUUGCGACCAUACUGUUGUCAAUGCGCAAACGACUCAAGACGGUCAGCUGACGACAGGCGAGGUCUCCGUAGACAAUCCGAAUAAAUCGAAGAACAUAUCGUCGAAAAGCGAACGAAAGGAGGAGAUCAGCGUGAGAGAGACGAAGGACAAAGAUCUGGAGCAAUUAACGUUCCAAUUGUUACGUUAUUUGGAGACUAAAAUGACGAAUCUUGAGGAGGAGGCGAUUUUGUGCAUCAUCUGCGAGGAACAUCGUCGUAACGUCGCCUUUCUAUGUGGACACAGCGCGUGUAAGCACUGCGCCGCUAGCUGAAGACUUGUCACAUAUGCCGCAAGGCGAUCAAAGAGAAGAUCAAUUUGUAUUAAACUGUCCGAUCAAUGAUCGCUCGCUUAGACUAUUUGAUCAAUAAUUACACCGUUGAUUCCCACGUGAUGCGCGCAUGUAUAGCGUAUCUCGGGAGGGAAGAUUGGUACACCUGUGAUAAUAAUAUAGUAAAAUGGCCUUGAUACGUCCAGUUCUGAACAAUUUGAACGCUCUUAACAUAGCUCAGUAUAAGAGACAUGUUCGUAGAAAUUUUUUUACUCGCUAUGUUGCACAUUUACCUCGAGACCGGAGACUGAUUGCUUAAAGGGAAACUCUGCCAGACUUGGGUGUCGGUAAAUUUUUCUUAAAAUUUUAAUUCCCAAAAAUCAAGAAAACAUUGUAAUUAUAAUAUAAUUGGAAAGACGGAUCCAAUCAAAUUUCUGAGAUCGUGAUUGUAAAAUCUUUUGUGAACUUUUAAUUUUCUUUUAACUUUGAGUUCGUGAAUUCGAAACACGAGAAAAUCAUAUUUAAAUGUUUAUGAAGUAUUAGGAAUAUAACAAGGGGUAUACGUAGAGGUAAAAGCAGUAUAAGUCACAACUCCGGGAAUUUCGAAAAUUCAG